CCUUUACCGCGCGGGGAAUGGACGUGCUAGCGGAGGAGUUCGGGAGCCUGACACCGGAGCAGCUGGCUGCGCCGAUCCCCACCGUAGAGGAAAAAUGGAGGCUGCUUCCAGCCUUUUUAAAGGUGAAGGGCCUUGUGAAACAGCACAUCGACUCCUUUAACUAUUUCAUUAAUGUGGAGAUAAAGAAAAUAAUGAAAGCCAAUGAGAAGGUUACAAGUGACGCUGACCCCAUGUGGUACUUAAAAUAUCUUAAUAUCUAUGUCGGACUUCCUGAUGUUGAAGAAAGCUUCAAUGUAACGAGACCAGUGUCCCCUCAUGAGUGCCGUUUGAGGGACAUGACGUACUCUGCCCCGAUCACAGUGGACAUUGAGUAUACCCGAGGCAGCCAGAGGAUAAUCCGCAACGCCUUACCCAUUGGCAGGAUGCCCAUCAUGCUACGAAGUUCAAACUGUGUCCUGACAGGGAAGACUCCAGCAGAGUUUGCCAAAUUGAAUGAAUGUCCGUUAGACCCAGGUGGCUACUUCAUUGUUAAAGGGGUUGAAAAGGUCAUUCUUAUCCAAGAGCAGCUGUCCAAGAACAGAAUCAUUGUGGAGGCGGAUAGGAAGGGGGCCGUUGGAGCUUCGGUUACCAGCUCCACCCAUGAGAAAAAAAGCAGAACCAACAUGGCCGUGAAACAAGGACGAUUUUAUCUGAGGCAUAACACCUUGUCUGAAGACAUACCCAUUGUCAUCAUAUUUAAGGCCAUGGGUGUUGAGAGUGACCAGGAAAUCGUGCAGAUGAUUGGAACAGAGGAGCACGUGAUGGCUGCAUUUGGGCCCAGCUUGGAGGAGUGCCAGAAAGCUCAGAUUUUCACACAGAUGCAGGCGUUAAAAUAUAUAGGGAAUAAAGUAAGAAGACAGAGAAUGUGGGGAGGUGGACCAAAGAAAACAAAAAUAGAAGAAGCAAGAGAACUCUUGGCCUCAACCAUCCUGACCCAUGUACCCGUAAAGGAAUUCAAUUUCCGAGCUAAGUGCAUCUACACUGCAGUGAUGGUGCGAAGGGUAAUUCUGGCCCAAGGAGAUAAUAAAGUUGAUGACAGAGACUAUUAUGGUAACAAGCGACUGGAAUUGGCGGGGCAGCUCUUAUCUCUUCUUUUUGAAGAUUUGUUCAAAAAAUUUAAUUCGGAAAUGAAGAAGAUUGCAGACCAAGUGAUUCCUAAACAAAGAGCAGCCCAGUUUGAUGUUGUAAAACACAUGCGCCAAGACCAGAUCACCAAUGGCAUGGUGAAUGCCAUUUCUACCGGAAACUGGUCUCUAAAGAGAUUUAAAAUGGACCGCCAGGGUGUGACCCAGGUGCUGUCUCGUCUGUCCUAUAUCUCUGCACUUGGCAUGAUGACAAGGAUCUCUUCCCAGUUUGAAAAAACAAGGAAAGUGAGCGGCCCUCGUUCUCUCCAGCCGUCUCAGUGGGGAAUGCUCUGUCCCUCAGACACACCUGAAGGAGAGGCCUGUGGCUUGGUUAAGAACUUGGCCCUUAUGACACAUAUUACAACUGACAUGGAAGAUGGACCCAUUAUUAAGUUAGCUGGUAACUUGGGAGUAGAAGAUGUGAAUUUAUUAUGUGGAGAAGAACUCUCCUACCCAAAUGUGUUUCUCGUCUUCCUGAACGGGAACAUCUUAGGUGUCAUUCGAGACCAUAAAAAGCUUGUCAGUACAUUUCGGCUGAUGCGAAGAGCAGGAUAUAUCAAUGAGUUUGUUUCUAUCUCCACGAAUCUUACAGACCGAUGUGUGUAUAUUUCCUCCGAUGGAGGGCGCUUGUGUAGGCCUUACAUAAUUGUUAAGAAACAAAAGCCAGCAGUCACAAAUAAGCACAUGGAAGAGUUGGCUCAAGGUUACAGGAACUUUGAAGACUUCUUACAUGAGAGUCUAGUUGAAUACUUAGAUGUGAAUGAAGAAAAUGAUUGCAACAUUGCACUCUACGAACAUACCAUUAAUAAAGAUACCACCCACUUGGAGAUUGAACCCUUCACUCUUCUUGGUGUUUGUGCUGGCCUCAUCCCAUACCCUCAUCACAACCAGUCUCCACGGAACACCUACCAGUGUGCUAUGGGCAAGCAAGCCAUGGGUACCAUUGGAUACAACCAGCGAAACAGAAUUGAUACACUAAUGUAUCUACUAGCAUAUCCACAAAAACCCAUGGUUAAAACAAAAACCAUUGAGUUGAUAGAUUUUGAGAAAUUGCCAGCGGGACAGAAUGCAACAGUUGCUGUGAUGAGUUACAGUGGCUAUGACAUUGAAGAUGCCCUUGUUUUGAACAAGGCCUCCCUAGACAGGGGUUUUGGGCGUUGUCUUGUAUAUAAAAAUGCUAAGUGCACAUUGAAACGAUACACCAAUCAGACCUUUGAUAAGGUGAUGGGUCCCAUGUUGGAUGCUGCUACCAGAAAACCCAUCUGGCGACAUGAAAUUUUAGAUGCGGAUGGCAUUUGUUCUCCAGGUGAGAAAGUAGAAAACAAACAAGUGCUUGUAAACAAGUCCAUGCCCACAGUGACUCAGAUUCCUUUGGAAGGAAGUAAUGUGCCACAGCAACCACAGUACAAAGAUGUCCCCAUCACGUACAAAGGUGCCACAGACUCCUACAUUGAGAAAGUGAUGAUCUCUUCCAAUGCUGAGGACGCCUUCCUCAUUAAGAUGCUGCUGAGACAGACGCGACGCCCUGAGAUCGGGGACAAAUUCAGCAGUCGUCAUGGGCAAAAAGGUGUUUGUGGCCUGAUCGUCCCCCAGGAAGACAUGCCAUUCUGUGAUUCCGGAAUCUGUCCCGACAUCAUAAUGAACCCACAUGGCUUCCCAUCGAGAAUGACGGUCGGAAAGUUAAUUGAGCUGCUGGCCGGCAAGGCAGGUGUGUUAGACGGCAGGUUCCACUACGGCACUGCCUUUGGAGGGAGUAAAGUAAAGGACGUGUGUGAAGACCUCGUUCGCCAUGGUUAUAACUACCUGGGGAAGGACUACGUCACCUCGGGCAUCACAGGUGAGCCCUUAGAAGCAUACAUCUAUUUUGGACCUGUGUACUAUCAGAAACUGAAACACAUGGUACUGGAUAAAAUGCACGCCCGGGCCCGAGGACCACGAGCUGUUCUUACCAGGCAGCCCACUGAAGGGCGAUCUCGUGAUGGCGGCUUGCGUCUUGGAGAAAUGGAAAGAGACUGUUUAAUCGGCUAUGGAGCGAGCAUGCUUUUGCUGGAGAGACUAAUGAUCUCGAGUGACGCCUUUGAGGUUGAUGUCUGCGGGCAGUGUGGACUCCUGGGAUAUUCCGGCUGGUGCCACUACUGCAAAUCGUCAUGCCACGUGUCUUCCCUCCGCAUCCCGUAUGCCUGCAAGCUGCUCUUCCAGGAGCUGCAGUCCAUGAACAUCAUCCCCAGGUUGAAACUGGCCAAGUACAACGAGUAAGGCUGGGCAGCACCGCAGGCCGGCACCCUGCGCAGCACGCA